GAAACACGUCGCCCCCUAGUGGCCGUUGAUACAAACUGCAGCUGAACAUUGAUUCCACAUAUCAAAACUGAGAGUUCAUAAAUAAUUUAAACCCACGGCAUAUCAUAGAUACGUGUGAAUUUAACAUCCACUUACAAAAACAUAUUUUUCUGUUUAGUCUCUUUAUUGAUUUUACUUGAAAGGACAGAACUUUGAUCAACCACUGCGGCUAAUGGUGGUUUUAAGCUAGCAGCAAGUUAGCUUCAUUUUUUCCAUUAGAAGGAGAUUAGUUUAACAUAAACCAACUGUCCUCAAAUGUACAAUAUUUUAGUUUAGAAAACUGCUUAAAUAAAAUGUGUUCUUUGUUGUUUUAUACUGAAAAUGUCAGUUUACCUUUGAUGCUAGCUUAACCAGUUUGUGUUGUAGUUUCGGACAGCAGCCACAGGAGGGCGGGAAAAUAUACCAAAUGAUACACGGCAGGUCUGAGGUGAUUAGACUCUGAAACAAAGGUAAAUCAGUUAUUACUGAAGACAGAAUGAUUAUUGUGAAUCUGUUGGAGUGUAUUUUAGGCGGCACGGUUGAACCUACUUUAAAAGAAAUACGUCAAUGUAGAAAAAAAGUGUCCCAACAUUAGAGGCCGGCCCGGAACCAUAACUCUGCACAAGUUUCCCAUCGACUCCCUGAACGCGCCGGACAGCUGCGUCGGUUGGAGUCUGCGCACCGGUGAAUUAUAUCUAACGGGGCUGUUUGUCUGUGUCCAAUAAAGAAGAGACUGUUGAUGUGAAAGCUCAGAGUCUCCUUCAUCAUGACUUCUUUGGGGAGCAGCAGUUCCUCGUCCACAGAGUACACCGUGCGAGUCCCUAAAAACACCAGCAAGAAGUACAACAUCAUGGCUUUCAAUGCAGGAGACAAAGUCAACUGCUCCACCUGGACUCAGGCUCGAAUGGAGAGAGACAUGAGUGCUCGGAGGAUAUACGGGGAGGAAGAGACGCAGGAGGGAGCAGCUGGCAGUGAGUUUGGGAAGAAACAGCGAGAAGAAGCGCGGAGGAAGAAGUAUGGUAUCGUGACACGAGAGUUCAAAGUGGAGGACCAGCCCUGGAUCCUGAAGGUCAACGGCAAGGCAGGGAAGAGGUUCAAAGGUCAAAAGAAAGGUGGUGUCACAGAAAAUGCAUCCUACUACAUCUUCACCCAGUGUCCCGACGGAGCCUUUGAGGCAUUCCCCGUCCACGGCUGGUACAACUUCACACCUCAGGCCAAGCACCGAACUCUGACGGCUGAGGAGGCAGAGGAGGAGUGGGGCAGACGGAACAAAGUGGUGAAUCACUUCAGCAUCAUGCUUCAGAGACGACUCAGAGAGCAGGAGCGCGGGGAGGACGAUGAAGAUGAGGGCGAGAAGUCUGGGAAGAAGAAGAAGAAGUCUGGAGGGAGAGGGGGCGACCUGCGUAUUCACGACCUGGAGGAGGACUUGGAGAUGAGCAGUGACGACAGUGACGACAGCAUGGGGGACGAUGGAGAGAGUAAAACAAAGACAAAGAAAGACACCAAGAAGGGAAAAGGAAAGAAGAAGAGGAAGAGCAACGAGCAUGAGGCGCGGGAGGACAGCGAUGACGGCGACUACGAAGGUCUGGAGGUGGAUUACAUGUCGGAUGAAAGCAGUUCAGACGAGGAGCCAGAGAAGGGGAAGCCCAGCAAAGCAGAGGAACACCCCAAAGGGAUCGACGAGGCCUCUGAGAGCGAGGAGGAGAGCGAGGAAGAGAAGCCGAACGAAGAGGAGGCCAAAGAGGAAGAAGAAGAAGAGGAAGGCAAGAAAACGCCGGUCCAGGCGGAAAAGAAGAAGAAAAAAGACAGCAGCGGGGAGUCGGACAGCUCAGACGACAGUGACAUAGAGGGAGAGACGGCCUCUGCUCUGUUCAUGAAGAAGCGCACUCCUCCUAAACGUGCAGGCGGACGCGGCUCUGCAGGGAGCUCCAGGACAGGAAGUCGCCCCGGGACGCCCUCCAUAGACUCUGCAGCCACCUCCAACACUCUCCGAGCUGCCGCCAGCAAACUGGAGCAAGGUAAGAGGCAGACUCCAGGUCCUGCUACUGACUCACCUGCUGCCAAAAGGCUGAAGAUGGAGCCCAACAGUCAGAGUCCUGCUCCCUCUGGGAAGAGUACGCCUCAACCCCCGUCAGGAAAAUCCACUCCCAGCUCAAGUGACGUGCAGCUGACAGAGGAAGCGGUCCGGCGGUACCUGAUCCGUAAACCGAUGACCACCAAAGACCUGCUGAAGAAGUUCCAGACCAAGCGUACAGGUUUGAGCAGUGAGCAGACCGUCAACGUGCUGGCACAGAUCCUGAAGCGCCUCAACCCAGAGCGCAAGAACGUAAACGACAAAAUGCACUUCUACCUCACGGAGUAAGGGGGCGGGGCUUCGACCCUGCAGCAGAGGGUCCGUUUACAUGAAGCGGGGCCACAGGAUCAGAGGUUUACAUUGUGUCGGGGGGGGGGGGGUUACCUUUUUUAUUUUUGAUUUAGGGUUUAGAGUUUUUCAUAGUUUGAGCGCUCACAUGAAAUAACUGAAACAUGCUGAGUGAGAGCAGCUCGGCGUCUCUUCUCUCCAGGAGUCAUCAGGUUAAAGUAGAGCUCGAUUAAAUACAAAUAAAAACACAUUUCAGAUGGAGAAAGUUUUCUAAUAAAACCAGAGCAGUGCAGGUCCUCUCUUUGAAUCCAUGUUUCAAAACACUUUGUUCAUCAGCUGUGAUUAAAAGUUGUUCUUUGUUCUCUA